AUGCCCAAUGCUCAUUAUCCCGGUCCCGUGCCCGCCUUCUUCUACGAUGAUGAUUUCGAAGUGAAUGGUCCUCCCCUACCUCCCCGUACGGAAAGCAAACGGAUGUCUAUACUUCGAGAUCCCCAGUUAGGAGAAGCCGUCAAGGCCUUCGCAAACGUGCAUGAUAAACCAAAUUCUAUCACUCAGGCCGACCUGAGACCUUUUUACACGUACAUGGAAGGUCUUUCAGGCCGGGCUCUUGGAGAUAUAGACAGAGGUAUCUUUCACGUUACAAGUCGCCGUAUUUGCUUGUCUUUUCAUUACAUUGUAUGUCCGAAGAAUCAGACCUGGAAGAGAUUCCCGGAGGAGCCUGAAUGUGGUUUGGAAGUGAAUCCAGAGCCGGUCCCUACAGGUGGUUUGAACGGACUGGAUUAA